CGCUCCAGGCUUAAGCUUCGAAAAAAGCUUCGCUUUCAUUUUAAAAGCCUCAGAGAGGAGGUCCUUCCUCCUCACCUGUUACUGCUACUUCUAGUCUAUGUUAUGGAGAGUCCAGAUUUUUCACCACUACCCCACGUGGACGCAUCUCGCCCGUCCAUUGGCUUCCCUAUUGGUACUGCCUUGCUCUUGAUUAUCGUCUUCACCUUGAGUUGUAUUUUCUCCUGCUGCUACCACUGGGACAAGCUCAGAUCAAACCGUCGCACUUCUUCCGACGACCCUGAUCCCGAGGUUGACAUCGAGGCUUCACCUACCAAAUCUCACACGGAUUUGAAGCAAAAUGAAAGCCAAAGCUUACCAGUAAUAAUGCCUGGAGAUCAGAUCCCGAAAUUUAUCGCAUUGCCAUGUCCGUGUGAGUCGACUCGAGCUGAGGAAGUAAUCGUCACGGUGCACAGACCGCCGUCGCCUAAACCGCCGCGAGUGCCGGUGCCUAUGUUUUAGUACGGAUUUACCGUAUUGAUUUUGUUUUUUUUUUUUCAUAUUUUAGAAAAUUAAAAAAUGUAAAAGAAGAAGAAGAGUAGGCUAUUAGCUUGAUCAAUACCUUACCGCCCAUUAGAUUAGGUCCUCUUGUAUACAGUUACUGCUCACAAGGAGAAGAUUAAAAUUUUAAAAAAUGUGUUUGGAAUUUAGAACUUGAUUUCUGAAAAUUACAGGGUUGCCGACGCUUUCAACAUCCUCGCCUUUUUUGGCACUA